AUGACCCAAGAUGCGACCGUGCCAAAAUUGGUCACCGUCAUAAUCACAACUUCCCCCACUCCAUCCGCACCUUCAACGGAGCUUGUCUCAGCGGUCCUCGAGUCAUUUGAAAAGCAUUGUCAUGCUCUGACAUUAUGUAAUGUUAUUGUUGUUUUCGACACUUUUGAUCAGAUAGUACCUACAGCGCGAUUGAAGAAAGGACAAGUCACGCCUCAGCAGGCAGCAGAUCUUGACGAAUAUAAGAAGAAUGUCAAGGAACUGAUACUCACGAAAUAUCGCCAUGUCGGUGCUGAGUUCACCCAACGGCGUGCUACGGCCGAGUAUGGUAGUCCCAAUCCCCAGAACACUGUUGACUACAUGAUAUCGCAAACCAGCGACAAGAAAGUCACCUUUAUAGAGCCUUCAAGACGACUAGGGUUUGGUCUGGCAGUCAGAUCAGCUUUGAGACUAACUCAAACUCCUUUUGUCUGGGUGCAGCAACAUGACUGGGCUUUGGUUGCAGACUUCCCCGUGGCGCCUCUUGUACAAAUCAUGAAAGCAUACGAUUCACGUCCAGAAACCCCCAUCAAAUAUAUAUGCUUAACUGCUAUUCGUAUGCUCUCACAUGCCACAUCCGAACAACAUCCCGUCCUGCGAGAGCUCUCAUCAUCCCUCACACAAAAAUACGAAGAUCCGACACAUCCUGGUGUCAAGAUACCCUUGACACCGAUUUACUUUUGGCAUGACAAACCUCAUCUUGCAUCAACAGCACAUUACCUUGAGAGAGUGUUUCCCUCACGGUUGGCUAUGCUCCGAGGAGACUUUAUUGAGGACAAGAUUGGACAAAGAGCGCGCGCUCAGAUGAAGGAAGGCCUGUUUACAAUGCAAGAAUCACUACUCAUGCGCGCAGCUCCUCACCAUCCCUUCAUGCCUCUACUUUCCUCAUCUGAAAUUCUCGAGAGAGCAAACAAUACCAGUUUCGAGUGCAGCACCAAAGCGGUUUUCUUGGAUACUGGAAUACGCAUCCAUCACUGGGAGACGGUACUCUCCGAGAAGAUUGCAAAGGUCCCUGCCAAUACCUGUCGUCUCCUCGGUGAAUAUGCCAACAUCUGA